CCAUGGUCAGCCUGCCAAAUGCAGUCAAUGCAUGGCUGGGCGUGGGAUGUUGCAUCUUUGCCACUUUUGCUGUCGUGUGAAGCCGUGGGGCAAAAGCAAUGCAACUCGCUUUGUGGGCAUGCCCCCCCCUGUGGAAAUGGCCUCAGCGCGUCGUGGAAACAAAGCAUCGCUGACAAAAGCCCCCACCCUGCGCCUUCCCGUGACAAUCUCUCGAAUCAAUAAUCCAUUUGGACAUACGCCUGGACGCGCUGCGCAACGGCUCCAUGCACACAAAACCAACACACAGAACGCAUGACUCGUAGCAAAAAGUCGAAACAACUAACGAAUGGACUUGAAGAUCCGGCCCAAGUCGAGAGGGAUCUCAAUGCACAACUCAAGGUCAUGGGCCUUUACGCUGCUGACACGGUUGGCGAUGGCAACUGCCUCUUUCGGGCGCUUUCAGACCAAAUGUAUGGCUAUCCUGAGCUUCAUCUCGAGAUCCGACAACAAAUAUGUGACUUUUUGGCUGCACGUCCUGAUAGGUUUGCCGGCUUUGUAGACGGUAGCUUUGACCAGUACAUCAAGAACAUGAGGGAAUGUGGAACCUACGGUGGACACCUGGAGCUAUCAGCAUUUGCGCAGCUCAAACUAAAGCACAUCAAAGUCGUCCAACCGGGCUUGGUAUAUGUCGUGUCGGGUGUGGAUGAAUCUUCCGAGAUGGUCCGAGCACGGGAAGAGAAGGAGAACGAGCGACGCACGGCGCAGGAAGCGCUUCUACCUGGCUCAGAAGGACCACCGCCGAGCGAACGAGAAAAGCGGCGACUGCGCAGGGAAGCCAAGAUGAAGAAGAGCGCGAGCACCAUAAAAGAUGCUACCAUCAUCGCCGGCAACGGCGACUCAUAUGGCGUCCAAACGAGCGCUGAACCUCCCAACGAAGCAGUUGCGGCAGCGGACACAAGCAGCGACGCAGGGCCGAGCACACUCGCUGCUCCACGCGCGCCUGUCGAGGCCUUCGGACCGCUGUAUAUUGCUUACCACAACUGGGAGCAUUAUAGUUCCAUUCGCAACCUCGACGGGCCUCACUGCGGCUUGCCAAGGAUCAAAGAGCGGCACAUUGACGGUGCGUCUCUUUCACCUGAUAAAGGCAAGGGGCGCGCAAACGACAGUGAAGUCGUCUCGGACUUUGAUGAUGACGAUGUGGCGACCGAUGCCGAAGCGCUCAUUCUUCAAAGCUGUCCGGGCCACUUGCUAUCCGAAGUGCGUGCCUUGCUGAAGUCGCACAAUAAUGACUUUGACUCUGUCGUCGAGAUCCUCAUCGCCAAGGACGCCGAAGAGGAGCAAGAGCUGGACGAGUCGUCCCCGAUGGCACUGAAGGAUCGGUCCAGCACUGGCACUCCGGCCUUGGGCGGCGCGGCAUCGGUUUCGGAUCCAGUACCAUCCCAAGACCCGCCGCCGCCGACAGGGAGAGCCGAGCAACUACGCGCCGACCAUCUUCGUGAUUGGCGGGCGGCUACGCCCUCGUCAGUCGAUACGACCGUGACGCACAGCAGCACCGAAUUCGGGUCCGUAUCCACGCACGCUACGACCGACGAGUCUGGGGCUGGCACGUCCUCUGAUGACUCGCGUAAGCUGCGCAGCGCGAAACGCGCCGCGUCGUCCGACGCGAUGACCGCUUCAUCCUUCCGUGAGAACAAACGUCGAUCCAACAGUCCGCACAGUCCAAGAGCGGCGAUAGCGGGAGGCGAGGAGGCGGAGGAGGGAGGUGCGGACAGGUCGUGGUUGCCAGAAGAGCGCAACAUGUUCGCAGAGGUCAGCAACGACGCGUCUGCCAUCGAGGGCAUCCAACUGGCGUCGGCUGUGGCACAAGGCAAAGGUGCACACUCGCAUGAGCAGCUCUCAUCAGUGUUAGCACCGGCCCUGAGCCAAGCAGAUCAGCUGAGGCGCAAUGGCGUACAGACCAAGCGUGAGAAACGCGACGAUGCCAGGUCACGCAAACGUGAGCGUGAGGUGGCGAAGGCACUCCAGCGCAAGGCGCAGGCGCAAGGGAAGCACAGUGCUACCGCUACGGCAACCAUUGCUGGUACCGGCACUCCAGCGAUCAGCAACAAGGCCGCCGUAGAGAUGCGAGGUUUCCGUGAACUUCACAUUUGAAGCUUAUUAACUACUCGUGCUUGCAAGCUCGUCUAGUCCAAAACGACGAACACGAGUGCAAACCCUCGUCGAUCAUCCGCAUUACCAACACAUACAUACAUUGCAUCUGUACUCUACACACCAAUCUGCAUAGCAUGGCC